AUGAGCACGUACUUGCCGAGCGGCUACUUAACACACGCAAAGCACUUUCGUCCAUCAACCGUUACUGGACCAUUAGCUGCCUACGAGUUGGACGACGGCGACGACUUUUAUUCGGACAUUGACGUCGUCGAGCGAGAUAUUGACGCUGAGAUUGAGGCGCGGCAAAAACAACCCGACGUUGCUUCAGCGCGUGCCUUGCCGCCUUUUUCGCCACCAGCUCUUCGUACAAUGUCGCAACGGAUGCUGCAAUCAUUACAACAACAACGUGCGCAAAACCGAGCAGCAGUUGAGUUGUCACCACGUAGACGAACGUCUAGAGCUGGAGAAAGAAACAUGGGAAACGUCAAGGCUGACUUGAGCUCGGUGGCGAAUAAAAGGACGCCAGUGUCUAGUAGUGUCACAAUGACAGAUACUGCAUUUCAUACGUCGCUAUCAUCGCGCUCUAGAUCCUCGUGCACGGAUCGACUGGAAGCUAGGAUUUCCAAGAGUUUUCUAGCGCGAAAAGAUCAUGGACCUGGAUGUAGAGUGAUGAAGGGAGAACAGGACGAGCCAUUGUUGUAUUCGGAACGAGAGACGUAUCCAGCCAUGUCUUUGAGAAAGACAGAGGGGUAUGGAAGAAUGUCAGAUAAUCAAUUUAGUAAUGUGUCUACUCCUCAAGUAACCAAGAUGCUGGAGAUAAUGGAUAAGGAACGAGCCAUGAGGACUAUUCGACCUACUGUAUCUUGUUCUGACAUACCUUCGGAUACUAAGAAGGAUAACGGAGUGAUGUUUCAUUUUCAGCGAGGAUCGUCGGUAACGAACGAUGUGUUGAAUGUUCGAAUGGAAAGGCUAGCGUUGACUGACGGUAGAGCUGACACGCGUGUAGCGAAUGCAUUAGUGAAAGCGCAAUCUUUGAAGCGUGUGACGGACCCAGAGUACAUGAGUUUAGUCUCGCAACUGGCUACGACGGAGUCAAUGGUGGAUAGCAUUGAUAGCUGUAUUAAGAAGCCAUCGUUCUUGAAUUUUGCUGCACAUAUGUUGAACGAAAUGGAGUUGCUUGUUAAGACGACACAGCAAAUUCGCACGAACGGCACGACUAUGAUUUUAGCCAACGUAGGCAAGCCCCAGCAUGCUGACAUGACACAAGCACUUCGGCGCCUCGUAGCGAGAGCAGUAUUGGUUCAGAAGCGUAUUGGUGUGGUCAUGAACGCGGUCAAGCAGCUUGUGGUAUGA